GCAUAGGGGUGGCUGAAGAGAGUAAAUGAAAGAGAUUCUAGAGGAAGAGAGACAAUGAGAACAACAUGGGUCUCCUGCCCCUACCGUUUCGAAUUUCAUUAUCCAUUAUUUUAUUCAACAUAAAGCUUCCUCUUCUCUUUUCUUUCUCACUGACCUUGCUUUUUCAAACCCCCCUCCCCUACAACUUCCUCUGUCUCUUCUUCUCCAGGCUAUCUCUCUUUCUCUCCCCUUGACCCCUUUAUAUAAAGCUCCCGUUAUUAUCUUUAUCAUUAUCUAUCCUCAAAUCGUAACAAAGAUUUAGAGUUUUGGGAUUGUAACUCGGACCACCAAUUACACAACGGAAGUCGAUCGUGGUAGAGGAAGCAUGGGGAGGGCUCCUUGCUGUGACAAAGCCAAUGUGAAGAAAGGCCCGUGGUCCCCCGAGGAAGACGCCAAGCUCAAGGCCUAUAUUGAGCAGCACGGCACGGCGGCAACUGGAUUGCCUUGCCCCAAAAGAUUGGCCUUAAGAGAUGUGGAAAAAGCUGUCGCCUACGAUGGUUGAAUUAUCUUCGCCCAAACAUCAAACACGGGGGUUUCUCGGAAGAAGAAGACAACAUAAUCUGCAGUCUCUAUGUCACUAUCGGAAGCAGGUGAGUAAUUAAUUACGGACACAAUUAUGGGAUCCAAGGCUCCAGCACCUUAAUAACUAAUUAGUUAUAAUGAUAUGCAGGUGGUUCCAUAAUAGCCUCGCAAUUACCAGGGAGAACAGAUAAUGAUAUAAAGAACUACUGGAACACCAGGUUGAGGAAGAAGCUGCUGGGUAAGCAGCGGAAGGAACAACAGGCCCAGGCUCAACCCAAGCUAGUCAUGAAGAACGAAACUGGAAAUUUGGUGACACCUGUGACCCAAAAUCCCACUUGGCCAGCUCACCUGUGCGAUCCAACAUCUGUUUCCGCCCUACAGUAUCAUGAUCGCAACCACAGCAGCUUGCUAAAUACACUUGAGGGAACAUUCUCCCACGAUCACCAACAAUCAUACUCCGACACGCUUUCCCAUACCAUAAAUUCCCACUACCCACUGCUGCAUCUCGAACAGCACCCAUACCCAGCCUCAAUAAAUUCAGCAGCGCUGGUGAAUAAUAGUACUAGUAGUAGUUGUCAGUCGUCGAACAUUUUCGAAGGCUUUGAAAGCUUCCCCGAGGAUUAUUGGAGUGAGUUGGUGAGCAUGAAGCCUACUCAACAACAGCCACAUGCGACGUUGCAGGGUUACUAUGGAAUGGGUAGCACCGCUGCAGCUUCAGCAGAAAGCACUAGCUGGGGUGAUAUCACCUCUCACCUGCAGGUUUACUCUCCUCUGGUUUCUGCAUACGAAGGUGUCCAACAAGGAAUGCCUCACGAUAUCUCUAGUUUCGAGGAGUCUGCCUACUUUAAUCUUGAGUGCAAUAGCCGUUCUCUAUAAGUGGGGCGCUGUAAAUUUGUCCCGGAUCAUCAGCCUAGAGCACCAUCGCUCAGAGUUUUGCUUGUUUUCGUUUUCUAGCUAGUUAAUUUUAUCUUGGUUUCAACUAUUUCAUUUUGCAAUAUUUGCUUCAUUAUUUGAAAACAACAUCUUGGUCAUUUCCGGGUUUCUCUUUUCUUGUGCCCCUGUGUAUGCUAUAAUUAAUAAGACUCUUUGAUUUAUCCGA